AACAGCUCUAACAGCUCGAGGAGUUAACCACAAACCACAAACCAAACCGGAAGUUGCUUUUUUCUUUGAGAGCUCUAUUUUUAUUGGUGCCUGCGACCACCGUUGUUGCUUUUCACCUGUGGUUUGCGGCGACUGUAGAGAUCGACAAAAGCGGUGUUGAAGAGUAGACAAAACGGUGCUGGAAGUGAAGUAGUGGAAACCACAUCUCAUCCUCCCCAUUUCCUUUUUUGUUGUCCUCGUCUCUACCGAUCUAGCUUGGUAAAUCCACCAUAAACUGUAUGGGAGUACUGGAGUACUUACUUUCUUACUUUAUUGAUCAUUUGAGAUGAUGGAGAACGAGACUCGUCAAGGUCCAGACGAAGAGGUUGGCGGACAGGACCGUCGUGGUCGUCAUGACGAUGACAACAAUGAAGAAGAACAACGAGCCCUUCCCAAUCGUCAACACCGAGUUCUGGGCCCCUUGGACGCGGGUCGCAUGGAUCUCUUGUCGGAUGAACUCCAAGCCAUUCGCAACCUCAAGACGGCCGUCAAGGACGAUCCCGAUCUCCUUGUGAUGGACGGCCCGUUUGCGUUCUCGGAUUUUGAUCUCAGUCAAAUCAUCAUUGCCAAUUACGGCAACGUCGAUGCCGCUCUGGAACAGGCUCAAACAUUGCAAGGUUUUCGCAUGGAAUACGACAUUGAAGAGUCGCUCGAAAGUGGGCUUUUGUUCCUCUACGAAGCCAUGCGACUCUUUCCGGGCUUUUUCCUCUCCCUCUCGUUUACCCGAGAACGCCAUUCCGGUCACUACACCUUGGCGAUUGACAUUACCAAACUCUGUGCCGGGCUAAUGGCUCUCUCGGAUGGUAGUGCCAUGAAGAUUCUCAUUACGGCACUGUACUUUUGUCUGCAAGCCAUGAAUCCCGACUUGGAGGCCACACGGCAGGGUAUGAUUUUGUUGUGCGAAUGCGAAAAGUUUGAUUGGAAAACUGACAUGACGUUGGGAGGAUUCAAACAGAUUCACGCCGAGCUCGUCAAGGAAUAUCCCACACGAUGGCGGUGUACUCGCAAUUUCAAUACCGGACUCUUCUUUCAGUUGAUGAUGAGUUUGGGCAAAUCCUAUCUGCCGCAUGAUAUGCUAGGAAAAGUACAAAUGGGAUGUACGUCUCCGGCGGGACGACUGGAUAAUAUCUAUCUGCAACCGAGUUUGGAGGCAUCGAACGAACGAUUUCUAGAGAGAUUUGCCGAUGCAUUGAGAAGACGGUAUGCCAAUGCGGCAGCUUUUGUCGUGAAGCAACAACCGACAUCGUCGACAGCAGCUGAUUAG